UGCUGUCACAAAAAAGGUUCUUAAAGUGCAGUCCAUCGAGUCCAUCACAUAAAAAUCAUUCCGGAUGAAAUAAAUUACUCAGGUUUUUAGGAAAAAAGAUACAAUUUCAAAUAUUUGAAAAAAUAUUUCAAGACAAAAUGGAUUAUUCAAUGUUUGAAGCCUUUGCAGAUGACAACUUUGAUAUGUUCGAAUGGGUUGAUUCAAUGUAUAGGAAUUCGGAUAAGAGAGAUGAUAAAGAAGAAUUCUUAGAUGAUUUAAUUGAAAAAUUAGAAUCAUAUUCGGAGGAAAUAAAUGCUUCACUUGAAGAGUCAGCAAAUCAAAUUAUAAAUGAAAUGCCACAAAUGAUUAAAGAUACAAAUAAUUUAAAAAUUGAAGUGAAAAAUUUAAAAAAGCAAAUUAAUGAACUUGUCGCAAAUUUAGAAGUCCCAGUACAAAAUAACGUUUGUAUAGAAGAAUUAAAGAAAUUAGAUGAAACAAUACAAAAAUUACAAGCAACAAAAGAAGGGUUAGAAGAAUCUGAUGGCUGGGGAAAACUAUUAACUGAACUUGAAGAGUUAUUUGAAAAGAAUGAUUUAUUUAAAAUUAGUGAAAAAUUAAGUAGCUUGCAGAAAUCAUUACAAGCACAAGAGAAAUUACCCGGUCAAAAUGAAAGAGAAUCCCAAGUUGAAGGUUUUAAAAAUCGAUUGGAGGCAUUAGCUAGUCCAGCAAUUGUUCAAUCAUUUUCAACUGGUGAUAUUGAACAAUCAAGAAAAUUUGUUGAUAUAUUUAAAAAAAUGGAUCGUAUGUCACAAUUAUUACAAUAUUAUAGAACAGUACAGAAAACAACUUUGCAGCAACAUUGGAAUGAAAUUUUGGGUUUGUCAGUGAAUUCCAGUAGAUUUAUGAAUGAUUUUUAUGAAUUUCUUGCAGAAAGUUAUCAAAAACAAUUUAAAUGGGUUAGUCAAGUAUUCGAAAUUGAUGGAUACGAUCAACCGUUACUUAUAUUAACUGAAAUUUUACCGGAAUUACAACCAACUAGAGAAACUACGGUAUUAGAAGCUUUAAAGCAAUCCAAUGAUAAACUAGAAGUUCUUAAAGAAUUAUCAAAUGCAAAUAUUCAUUUUGGUGUUCUAUUAAAAAAUCAUUUUGAAAACACUUAUAAUCCAGAAUUUAUUCAACAAGAAACUCUAUCACGUGCAAUAUUUGAUUAUUUUAAUACAUUUAUAAUUCAAUAUUCUUCAAUGGAACAAACUUAUUUAUCACAAUUAUUGAAUUCCUUAAAUCAAACUCAUCAAACGAUACCUGCUGAAACUAUUCGAUCUUUAGGUAAUGCUAAUAAAAAAAUAUUUGAAUGGGCUGAUGAUGCUGUUAAACGUUGUGAAAGCAUCACCCAAAAUUGUGCAAUAUGUCCUUUAACAAAUGUUUUAACUUCUAUUUUCAAAAAUUUUGUACAGAAAUACAAAAGAGCUCAACAGCAAUUAGCUGCACAUAGAACUGUUGAACAAAAUUGGUCUUUGUUACAAAAUUGCAUAUCAUUAUUACAAAAUUUUGGUGAAUUUUGUGUUGCUCUUCAAAAAUUUGAAUCUUCACUGGAGGAUAAAAUUUUACAAACUUAUGAUAUACAUAAAAAUUCUCCCAAAAAUAUAUUUGGUUAUCGUUUAUUAGAGAAACGUUAUGUGAAUGAAUUGAAAAAGAUGAAUGAAAAAAUAAAAACUGGAAAAGAAAAUAUUUUGGUUGAAAGUGAUGGUUAUUUUAUAUUAUUCGAUAAUGUCUUUGAAGCUAUUAAACCAGUAUCUGAUGAUAUUCAUGAUACAACAUUAUCUAUUGUUUUCACACCUAUUGAAAUUCAAAUGCGAAAUAUUCAUCCAGAUGAAACAACAGGUGGUGUAUCAACAGGUUCAAUUGAUUUACCCGAUUAUAGUUUUUCUCCACAAGAAUUUAUAACUCAAGUUGGACAGUAUUUAUUAACUCUUCCUCAACACUUGGAACCAUUACUGUUGUCUCCUACUGCUGCACUUAAAUUUUCAUUAGAAAUAUGUGAUAAAAGAUAUCACGAGAACAUUCCAAGCGCAGAUAUUCUUUUAGCAUUGGUUGUUGAAGAAUGUUGUGUUUUAUAUCAAAAUCAAAUUCUUCAAAUGAAAUCUGUGAAUAAUAAAGCAGCCAAACAGAUUGCUAUUGAUAUUGAAUAUCUUGGUAAUGUAUUAGAAGAAUUGGGUUCUAAUACUACGUCGCAACUGCAGCAGAUUGCUUUAUUGUUAAGAGCUUCACCAGAAAAUUAUUUAUCUACUAGUUCAGGAUGUGAACCAAGAUUGGUAACGGCAAUCAGACAAAUGAGGCAUAUAGUUUCUACAGAAUAAAAGUAAUUUUAUAUCAAGCAUAACUUUUGUUAUUGAAUAUGUUUGGGUAUUAAAAAAAAUAAUUAUUUAAUAAACAUAGUUUGUAUUUAAGAAACA